UGAGCGCGUGAUAAAAAUAAUUGAUCCACGCCGCUGCCAGAGGUCACCGACAUGGUGCCCCUGAUAGGCUGCGAUCCCGGGUGGGGAAAGCUACUCAAAUGCCGAUGAAGACAGUUUUAAGAGAGACGAGACUCUGGGAGGAAGACAGCAAGCUGUCGCUGGGAGGGCGCCCUUGGAGUGCCGCUCUUCGCCAGGGUCAGAAGUUGGCCCUGUGUUUGUUCUUCCCGAUGAAAGAAAACCGCGGGAGAGCGCCGAGCGGCGGCGAACUGCAUUCAGCCGAUGGGCACGAAAAUGAAUUUUAGCUGCUCUGUGCAAAAGCCCUAGGUGUGGGGACCGAAGGGAGCCGACCAGAAGGUUACAACAGGUCAGGAAUAAAUAACCGCCAGGCGGAGGAUCCCAGAUUCCGUCCUUCCUUUUGUUGGGUGAGCGGCGAGCGCCAGGCGAUCGCGUCCACAAAGGCGAAAGAAGCGGUCCCACCGGCGCCGCUCGGCUCCAGCCCAGGGGGUACAGGCAUCAGGCAUGGAUGGGAAGAAAUGCAGUGUAUGGAUGUUUUUACCUCUUGUUUUUACCUUGUUUACAUCUGCUGGAUUGUGGAUAGUAUACUUUAUAGCUGUGGAAGAUGACAAAAUUUUCCCAUUAAAUUCAGCUGAAAGGAAACCUGGCGUGAAGCAUGCACCAUAUAUAAGUAUUGCAGGUGAUGAACCUCCUGCAAGCUGUGUGUUUAGUCAAGUUAUGAACAUGGCAGCAUUCCUAGCUCUUGUGGUAGCUGUUCUGCGCUUCAUACAACUGAAACCAAAGGUUUUAAAUCCGUGGCUGAAUAUUAGUGGCUUGGUGGCUCUCUGUCUGGCUUCCUUUGGAAUGACCUUACUUGGUAAUUUUCAGCUCACAAAUGAUGAAGAAAUCCACAACGUCGGAACUUCCUUGACUUUCGGAUUUGGCACGUUGACCUGCUGGAUUCAGGCGGCGCUGACACUCAAAGUCAACAUCAAGAAUGAAGGACGGAAGGUUGGAAUUCCACGAGUUAUUCUCUCAGCGUCCAUCACUCUCUGCGUGGUCCUCUACUUCAUCCUCAUGGCACAAGGCAUCCACAUGUACGCCGCCAGGGUCCAGUGGGGCCUGGUCAUGUGCUUCCUGUCUUACUUUGGCACCUUUGCCGUGGAGUUCCGGCAUUAUCGCUACGAGAUUGUUUGCUCCGAAUACCAGGAGAACUUCCUAAGCUUCUCAGAAAGCCUGUCUGAAGCUUCCGAGUAUCAAACCGACCAGGUGUAACCCUUCAGCUUUUCCUUGCCGGGAAGGUGGGUGUGGCAGCGAGGGAGGGGCCAGGACACACCCACAGGACUUGACAUAUAACCACACACACACACACACACACACACACACACACACGCAGAAACA